AUGAAGUACAAUGGGGUUCCAGAAUUGUCCAAUCAUGACCACUGCAAGGAUUGUCUUAUGGAUGGGGCGCACACUCUUGUCUCUGCUGAUAGCUACAGGGAUCGUAGAACAUUAAUGAAACAAAUUGCGGAAGAUGUACUUGCAGGGAGGUGCGAAGAUGGAACAUAUUAUGUUUCCAAGGCGUGGUUGCAACAAUGGUUAAAAAGAAAAAUACUUGAUGCUCCAACCGAAGCUGAUGCUGGGCCAACAGUUUCCAUAAGGUGCCCUCAUGGCGAGCUUAUGCCCGAGGAGGCUGUGGGAGCUAAGAGAUUGCUUGUUCCUGAGAAUCUGUGGCUCUUCCUUUAUGGAGAUGCUACUACAGUAAAACCUGAUGAUCCUUUGGAUUGUUCGACUUUUCCUUUAGAUUCAAGACAAUGUUCCCAGUGUUGUGAUGAACUAUCUGAAGUAGCAUGCAUGGAAGAUUAUUUAAGAAUAGUGAGGCUCAAACAGCGCCAGAAUCACGAAAAGUUAGCUAUGGGGAAAAGCCUUGCGCUUUCUCCUGAUUGCAAGUAUUACUUGUUACCAUCUUCAUGGCUUUUGAAAUGGAGAAACUACAUUAAUGCCAGUGGCAAGAAUGUUGCAUUGUCGGCAAAACCUGAAAUAUUGGAUGGCGCUAUUGAUUUGCUUAAGUGUGAAAAGCAUUUACUACUCAUAGAAAGACCUCCAGAUCUUGUGUGGAGACGGGGUUCAAUAUUCCAAAAGUCUUCCGCUACAGAUGGGUUAACUGUUAUUACUGAAAAUGAUUGGAAAUGCUUCUGUGAAGAAUGGGGCGGUAUUGAAGGGAAAGGCAUAUCUGCCUGGAUUGAGCUUAGUAGUGCUGCAGGAAGUAAUUUGGAUAGUUCAUGUGAAGAGAUGCCAAAGGGUGAGGAGGAUCAGGGCCAUCUUGACGAAGUUAAUGACGAAAACGAGACUAGAAUACCCCGGAUGAAGACUUCUCCUGAGAUAUGUGAGAGUUGCAUUGGGGAACGAGAAAGCUUGGAACUAAUGCAGAAACUUAAUUAUUGCAACGAGGAUGUAUACGUCCAUUUCAUUCGUGGGAAGGAAGCUCCGAAAUCAAUUUUACAAGCAUCUGAGACCAAUUUUGAUCCAGAUCGACGAGUUUCAAAGCGCUCAAGGAAGACAAGUUCUGGAAAUCAAAUAAGUCUAAAAGUUUCCGGCUCCACAUCAGUAUACCAGUUAAAAAUGAUGAUAUGGGAAUCUUUUGGGGUGGUUAAAGAAAAUCAGAUACUUCACAAAGGUACACGGGUAAUUGAUAAUGAAUCUGAUACUCUUGCCGACAUGAACAUAUUCCCUGGAGACAAGCUUUGGGUAACCGAUUCAGAAAUCCAUGAGAACCGUGAUAUUGCUGAUGAGCUUUCAAACGAGAAAAUGGACGUGCAACAUACUGAGGGGGGAUUUCAUGGGACACUUUUGACUGCUAAUACUUCAUCCCAAGUUGUUUAAGCAACGCGCUUUCACUAUAUAAUAUCUGUGUGUAAUAUCCAGCGUUUUUGUAGAUAAUCUUUUGGAUUAUUGAUAGUCAAGAUGCAUUUGGACAACCUGUAUCAUAAGAAGCGACUGGUUGCUGUGGCGAGUAUUUUUUUUUGUUUUGCUUCCUCAAAGUUUCACAAGGCUGGUUUGUUGUAAAGUAAAACAUAAACGAACUUGGCUCUCAUCUGGGAUACAGAAAUGUGAAUUUGGGGCGUUUCUGCAUUGCUGGCUGUGGCAGGAAAAAAAGAGAAAUAUGAAAUGUGUGUCAAAAACUUAUUCGGGCUCUUAUUGAUCAAGAUGUCAUUUGUUGUUGUUGAUUAAGGGUGUUGCAGCUUCCUCUUAUUCUGCCUCACCCAAAUUUUAAAAGUCCGUUUUACGUGUACAUAUUAAUUCUCUCUCUCUCUGGAAAGAGGAAUUGGUGAUUUUGUUGAGAGUUCUCUCUCUUUGUACCAAUCAAACGCCAGAAAGAGUUUGAGAUUGUUUAUACCCACUUUUGCCGCUCCAUUGUGUACUAUCGGAGCCCUAAAUCUAUUGUAGCUGAUCCCUUUUCAUGA